AUGGGAGGAACAGUGAUACGUGUCUCGGGGGACUUAAAAGGAAAAAAUAUAAAGGUGGGAAUCGACGAUAGCGAGAGGUAUCAAAACGUCAUAAUGGUGGUGGUUAUGCCGUUGGCUCCAUACAUCGCAUCCUUUGAUGCCAAAUUGGCAGGUCAUCGCGGUUUCGGGGGAGGUUGCGGCUUAGGCACGCCAGUUGUGUCAUAUGCUCCUCUUCCCAUGUUUGUUGUUGACAAGUCCCUAAGGAUCAUAGGCAAAAUCUAUAUUAAGCUGUGGAGGUGGUCUAAUCGAGGCUUGUCGGAAUCACAACCACGGCUGAGCAAGUCCAACAAGGGAAUUGAUUCACGCAAGCCAAAGGGCGAGAGAGAGAGAGAGAGAGAGAUAGGGAUGAGGAGAGCAACGGCCUUAGCGCCUGGAGAGGAGGAGAAGGGAUGA